CGUAAGCACAGACAUCCCUGCUAUGGCAAAUUCCCUGAAGGCAAAUGUAACACUGAAGGCAGAGAAGGAGAUCAGAGAGGAGAAAGCGGGAGCUAAAGAAAUGGAUGACACCUUGGAUGAGCCUGCAGAGGAGGAAGAGGAUGAAGAGGAGAGAAAGGCACGGGAGGCAGCAGCCAGAGAGAGAGCCGCUCAGAGGCAGCUCAUGGCGAUAGAGGAGCUGGUGCAGACAGAGAGGAACUACCUGAAACAUCUGCAGCUCUGUACGGUCACCAUCCACAACAACCUGCAGAAACUACAGCCUCCUCCCCCAAACCUGGAGAACAUGUUUCAGCACAUAGAUGAAGUGAUGGAUGUUUCCAGCAGACUCCUGAGCUUCCUCGACCAGACACGGAUACAUCACAGCGACCCGAAAUACCUGGAAACUCUCUGUGACACUUUUCUGAGUCUGUCUCAAGAUAUAGAGAUGGCUUAUAAAGAGUAUCUUGCCAACUACAACAACAUCACUGCUCUAGAGAACAGCUACAAACAGAAAGAGGCGCUGUGGGUGGAAAUGAUCCGAAGUGUCAAGUCCUCUGCUCCUGAUGUGAAUGCAUCCACUCUGAGCUUCUUCCUGGUGAUGCCAGUUCAGAGGAUCGCCCGUUACCCACUGCUGCUCCAGACCAUCCAGAAACACACAGACCCCGGGCACCCUGCCUACCCAAAACUGGAGCACACCGCUCACACUGCGGUCCAGAUCAACUGCAGGAUCAAUGAAUAUAAACGCUUCCGUGAAGUCGCUGAUAAAUACAAGAAGACAGAGAACCUGACCAUCAAGGACAAGAUCAAUCGGCUGAGUGGCCACAGCAUUGCCAAGAAGACGGCCCGGUUCAGCCAGUACAUAAAGCAUGAGACAGGAAUGGUGCCAAAGUUAAAGGAUGAAGAAUUUGAUGCCCUUGCUGGCUUCUUCUUCGUCCUGGAGAGGGCCGUCUCAGAGCUUCAUGAUAACCUGGAGGCCUAUCUCCACCAUCUGCAGAGGUUCCUCAGCUGCAGACCAGAGGAAGCAGAUCUUGAUCUGGAAGGAGAGAAAACCACCUUGUUCUCUAAAGAAAUCACAGUGGCACUCAGACAGUGGAUCUACCCCUCAUAUACAUUAACCAGAAAACCCUUUGACUUAGGGGCCAUGGAACUGGAAGUGCAAAACUGCUAA